AUGGAUGUGGGUGGUCAGCCUACUGUCGAGGUGAGGUGGACCGACGUGAAGAAAAGUAUGGCAGGAGAAGGUGAGGCAUUGCGAACCGCUGAGUGGUCGGUUAUAGGUGAGAGGUUCCGGUGGAGCUCAUCAGAAUAUGAACAGCCGAUCAUAGGCAUAGGAUCACUGAGCCCCAGGUAUAUUAGGGCCCCGUCCAAUCCUUUUAUGUAA